CGAGUGGAAAGCAGGGAGAUCAAACCAGCAAGAAGGGAGAUACCCUGAGGGAUUUCUCCACAGAGAGGCGGAUACAUCACAGCUGAGAGAAAGGCAGCCUUCAAUAUAAGUCAAAGUAAGCCAGCUAGUGUCAGACAAAUGCACAGAGUGAAGCUCUGAGAACUGGGAAUUUGGAAUUAGUAGACAUUGGGAUUUCCUAACACAGCCUUUCUGCUGCUCUCUCUGCGUUCAUGAAGAGGUAUUAAAGAUCCAAUGUAGUUUUCUAAACUGAAUAACAAGCUGCACUUUGUAUCCAGACCAAUCUUGGAACCCUGGGAAGUUUUAGCUGCAUAUAUGGAAUUCUAAACACAUCAGAACAGUUUGAUAAAUAGGAGAUCUGCUCUGGAUAACAACACGUUUAUUACUAUUCUACCAAAAACCGCAUACCAUGGCAUAAAAUAUGGCUCAAUUUUACUAUAAAAGAAAUACCAAUUCGCCUUAUCAAGACCGGAUUCCUCUUCGUAUUGUCCGUGCAGAAUCAGAACUUUCCCCAUCUGAAAAAGCAUACUUGGUCGCUGUAGAAAAAGGAGACUAUGCCAGCGUCAAACAGGCACUCGAAGAAGCCGAAAUAUAUUUUAAAAUCAAUAUUAACUGCAUCGAUCCAUUGGGAAGAACUGCUUUACUUAUUGCUAUUGAAAAUGAGAACCUUGAACUCAUUGAGCUACUCUUAAGUUUUAAUGUGUAUGUCGGUGAUGCUUUGCUUCAUGCAAUUCGGAAGGAGGUAGUUGGAGCUGUUGAGCUACUAUUAAAUCACAAGAAACCAAGUGGAGAAAAGCAGGUUCCACCAAUACUUCUAGAUAAGCAGUUUUCAGAAUUUACACCGGACAUCACACCGAUAAUUUUGGCUGCUCAUACAAACAAUUAUGAAAUUAUCAAACAUCUUGUGCAAAAAGGUGUGUCUAUACCAAGACCGCAUGAAGUUCGCUGUAACUGUGUGGAAUGUGUGUCAGGAUCUGAUGUGGACAGUCUCCGGCAUUCUCGAUCAAGACUAAAUAUCUACAGGGCACUGGCAAGUCCUUCUUUAGUAGCACUGUCAAGUGAAGAUCCAUUUCUGACAGCUUUUCAACUGAGCUGGGAACUACAGGAAUUAAGCAAAGUGGAAAAUGAGUUUAAAUCAGAAUAUGAAGAACUGUCAAAGCAAUGUAAGCAGUUUGCUAAAGACCUUUUAGAUCAGACAAGAAGUUCAAGAGAAUUAGAAAUUAUUCUAAACUAUAGGGAUGAUGGUGGACUUUUGGAUGAGCAGAAUGGAAAUGACCUCGCUCGAUUAAAACUGGCAAUUAAGUAUCAUCAGAAAGAGUUUGUUGCCCAGCCUAACUGUCAGCAACUGCUUGCAUCUCGCUGGUACGACGAAUUUCCAGGCUGGAGGAGACGGCAUUGGGCAGUGAAGAUGGUGACAUGUGUUAUAAUAGGACUCCUUUUCCCUGUCUUCUCCGGAUGCUACCUACUAGCCCCUAAAAGCACACUUGGACUAUUUAUCAGGAAGCCUUUCAUCAAAUUCAUAUGCCACUCUGCUUCAUACUUGACGUUCCUGUUCCUUCUUCUGCUUGCUUCACAAUACAGUGUCAGGGAUAUGCCGCAAGGACCUACACCGACCUUUGUAGAGUGGAUGAUAUUACCGUGGGUUUUGGGUUUCAUAUGGGGAGAAAUUAAACAAAUGUGGGAUGGAGGAUUUCAAGAUUAUAUCCAUGACUGGUGGAAUUUAAUGGAUUUUGUAAUGAAUUCAUUAUAUCUUGCGACAAUAUCAUUAAAACUUGUUGCAUAUUUUAAGUACCACGGAGAUUGUGAGCGAAAGUAUUGGGAAACGUGGCACCCUACUCUAGUGGCUGAAGCACUGUUUGCUAUUGCCAACAUAUUUAGUUCUUUGCGUCUAAUCUCAUUGUUUACUGCGAAUUCUCACCUGGGUCCCCUACAGAUAUCUUUAGGAAGAAUGCUCUUGGACAUCUUAAAGUUUUUGUUUAUUUACUGCCUUGUACUAUUGGCUUUUGCAAAUGGCUUGAAUCAAUUAUACUUUUAUUAUGAAACAAAUGAAAAUCUUCCAUGCAAAGGAAUUAGAUGUGAAAAGCAAAACAAUGCCUUCUCAACGUUAUUUGAAACAUUGCAGUCAUUGUUUUGGUCCAUUUUUGGCCUCAUUAAUCUGUAUGUGACAAAUGUAGAGCCGCAACAUGAGUUCACAGAAUUCGUGGGUGCUACAAUGUUUGGAACUUACAACGUAAUCUCCCUGGUUGUUCUGCUUAACAUGUUAAUUGCUAUGAUGAAUAACUCCUAUCAACUUAUUGCUGAUCAUGCUGAUAUCGAAUGGAAGUUUGCAAGAACAAAACUCUGGAUGAGUUACUUUGAAGAAGGAGGAACACUUCCCACUCCUUUCAAUAUAAUCCCGAGCCCAAAGACCAUAUGGUAUUUAUUUAAAUGGAUACGGAAACAAGUAUGCAAGAAGAACAUAAGGCGAAAACCUGAAAGUUUUGGAACAAUAGGAAGGAGAGCAGCUGACAAUUUUCGAAGACACAAUCAAUACCAGGAGGUAAUGCGAAACCUUAUUAAAAGAUAUGUUGCAGCAAUGAUCAGGGAUGCCAAGACAGAAGAAGGCUUAACAGAAGAGAAUUUUAAGGAACUAAAGCAAGACAUUUCUAGUUUCCGAUUUGAAGUCUUAGGUUUGUUAAAAGGAAACAAGGUUAAUCUUCAAGCUUUAAAAAUGAACAACGGUGUGGCAGAUGGCUCAGAGAGUGAAGGUGCAUGUCGGACCAAAGAGAAGCGAACAAGAACGCAGAAAAGUUUUAGUCUAUUUGAUAUAACGACCAUGAUCCAUCCUAAAACAGCAGAGAUCGCUUCGGAAAGACACAAAAAUGUGAGCAACGGGUCUGCUUUGUUGACAACAGAACCUACCAAGGAAAAGCAAAAAAAAAUACAUUUCGGUAAAGAUAUUAAAAGCUUUGGCUUAUUCCACAGACACUCAAAAAAAUCUUUCUCGGAACAGAGUACUAACAAAAUAUACUCUGUUUCCGAGGAGGUAGCAAACCAAGAGACAUUUGACCCAAGUGAUAAAAGUUUUCAACUAGAAGAAAAGGGUCCAGAAACAAAUCAAGAACUUGAUGUAAAUGUCCUCAAUGAACAAUCCUCAUUACCACAAGGUAUACAGGGUACCUCGGAAUGUCUACCCGCACAGCAUUCCAGUACUUGCCACAGUUUAUAUGUUUACAAUGAAAACGUUGUAGACACCAGUAAUCAUAAUUCUAACAUAGAUAAACUUUUAGAUCAAACUAGCACAAAUGCAGAAACCAUUGCAGAAGAAGAUUCAGUAACGAGACUGUGAUCUGAAGAACAAACUGAAACUAUAUCUGUAUAUAUGAGAUAUAUAUUUUAAAUUGUGCUUUUUUUUCCGGAAUGUUUAAAUAAACAUUUUCCAAAUGAAAUACAUUUUUUGCCUGCUGAGGCACGUAAAACUAAAAUAUGAAAAUACAUUUGUUAAGUUAGAAGAAUGGCAAUACUAUAUAAUAAUGUAAUAUUUUACAAUAUUUACCCUUUACUGAUCACGGUAAUGAAUAGGAUAUUCGUAUAUUUUUGCAAUAACCCUGGCAAACACAUAUAUGAAUAUUAUUCUAUGCAAACUAAGCAUGUAACAAAUAGUUGUCAACAUAUGUUACAUUUACAUUAUUUUUUAUCAUGGUUAUUUGGUAUAUUUAAAGAAUGAUCCUAUUUUGUUGCAUGCUAGGUAUAUUAAUUCUCCGAAGACACACACCAUUAUUUAUGAUAAGAUGACACACUGUAAAGUAAAUUCUAAUCACAGCUCAGGGAGUUCAAAUAAACUACUCUUUUACAUACAGAUUUUUUACUCUUCAUUGCUCAAACCUUGAGAUAGAAAUGAGCGUAAAUUCAUUUCAAGCUUGAUUAAUCUAAUGUACAGCAAUGGCCCUUGGCAUUUUGUUUAACCAACACUCAGUUUGACUACUAGUGAAGGAUCUGUUCUAAAUGCGCCUACAUAUUUCCUUAGGACUGAGAGUCUUUCUUGAGACUUAGUACUUGAGAGAUCAAUAUAUUUUCCCUAAAGUCCAGCACAUUUACAAUGAGGGUCUAUCAUUGUGAGAAAAGCACAGGUAUAGCCCACCUUAUCUAUG